AUAAGCGAUAACCAUUACGCAUGCGAAUUCAUCCCAGCCUGCCUCAAGGCCUGAAAGGCUUUCGCCCGGCUUGCGGUUGCCAUCCGGUGUCUAUAUAAAGCAUCGGACCUCCCGCGACUUUUUCGUUCUCACUGCAUGUCCAUGUCAUGACCCGUCACCCCAUUGACAACCACCACAGCACACACCACCAAAGCCCUCCAUCAUGGCUCGGCGCUUGUCGUGUCCUUUUACUUCUCGACCUGCAAGUCAAUAUGCUCAGCAGCCCAGAAGAAGGCGGCGUCCCUUCUUCUGAGACCGUUUAUCGGAACAUUGAACACAUUCUUGACCGUGCUCGCUCAUCGAAGCAGCCGCCUCGCAUCAUUCAUAUCCGCAACUCUGGAGAGUCAGGUGAUCCAGAUGCACCCAACUCCCCCGGCUGGCAGCUCGUUUUUCCAAUACUUGAGCACGAAUUCGUCAUCGACAAGUUGAAAAACAAUGCUUUUUCUGGAACAAAACUGGCAGAACUUAUACCACGCGACGCUGAACUCAUAGUCGUCGGCAUGCAAAGCGAUUACUGUGUGCGUGCCACUUGUAGUGCAGCCUUGGGCAGAGGAAACACCGUCAUAUUGAUCAAGGACGCACACACAACCUACGAUCGUAUCGAAGUGUGGAAUGGUGGCAUGGUCACAAAUGCCCAUGAUGUAGAGCUGGAAAUAGAGGCGGAGUUGGAGGAGGCUGGGGUCAACCUUUUGUGUAUGUCGGAUGUCCCGCACUUGUUCUGCGAUCGGUGACACACAUUUGCGGGAGUGAUCGCUGAGAACUUCCGUUGAAUCCGUUCCUUUCCUAUCAUAUUAGUAGUUUGAAAUUUGCGCUGUGAGUUUUUCUCUUGUCCACGCCUCCUUAUACCUAAACGAGAGUGCUGAUUACUCACAAUGUUCUUGAGACUUUACUCAGUCGGUUAUUGGUACCCGUUUAGAAGCCCUGAGGCUGAUAUGAUGGUUUGGAUGAUUACCUUUGUGGGUUGGCUUGGUACCUUUACCUUAACUUACUUACAAUACAAAAAGUUUUGUGAUAACUGAAUGUCACGUGAGUACUACG